AUGGCACUGGCAGCGGUUCGUUGUUUCGCCCUGGCCGUGGUGGCCUUGGUCCAGCUGAAUGCAGAAGAGAUCCCCCGGUGGACCUUGAACUUGGAAUAUGAUGGGGACAUUGACUUGGAGCCUCAAGCGGCCUAUGAUGCCUGUAAGGUCUUUUUCAGCCUGGGGGGUCGACAUGUCAACAUCCCAAGCAACAGCACCACAUGGCAACUCCUAGCCGUGGCAGAAGCCCUGCAGAAUCGUCGCCUGUGGAAUCCUGGGAGCGACGUCUUCAUCUCUGCUGAGUUGGCGUUGCCGGAUUUGGGCUACGAGAAAAGUGUCAACGCACUGCAGAGGAUGUUGGAACUGCUGGAAAUCUCCCACUUUGAUCUAGUGCUUGUGGGUGCUGGUGAUAGCGGCUGUGGUAAGGUCUGCGUUUCUGGAAGCCUGGCAGCUGCAGAGCACAGCGUGCUGCGUGGCGGCGUCGUCGGUGUCAGUGGGUGGAGCCUGCUGCAGCUGCAACGGAUGACCCCACUGUUCCGAAAACCACUACGGGCCGUGAAGCUGGAGAUGGAUUUCCUGGCAGCCUCGCAUUUGCCUGUGAUGAAAUACUGCCUCUCCAAAGGCAUCCCCUUCAUUGCCCGCUGGCAAAAUCCUGGGCGCCUCACAGGAAUGGUGUUGAGAAAGAAUUCGGGCGCAGAACAGGUUACAUUCGCUGCACAGCUCAUAGCCUUCGACUGGAUGCAUGUUAAGUCAGUUUCAGUGGCACUUCCACACAGCAUGAAAGACGACGAGAUGUACGCUGUGAUGGCAGCCUCUGACGUAGACCUCUCAGACAUGGAGAGGCGUGCGGAGAUCAAGCAGAAGUUUUGGCCACAGUGGGGGAAGGCAUCGCUCUACCAGGUGAGUAACAGCUGCCCUGCUGGACUUGAAAUUGAUUCCGCUUUGGAAUGUGAGAAUGCGAGGAAAGACCUGUCAGUGGCAAUGUUUCUCCUGGGCCAUGGAAAGGAUGCUUUUUGA